AGAGGAAGUGAGCCGGCUCUCUGUCUGCUGCACUCACUUCCUGCUCUGCUCGCUCACACACACACACACACACACACACACACACACACAGAGAGAGAGAGAGAGAGAGAGAGAGAAAACAGUCGGGAUCCCAUUACAGUCGGGCUGUGCUGCCGAGACGGCCGACAGUAUGGAAAAACAGGGCUUUUUUACGGAAUUCUAUUUAAUACACUAAAAAGGAAGAAGAAGACAGGCGGAAACAUGUCAAAUACUUUCCUAAAAGAAGCCACAUUGAAAUCAAGGAGUUCCAUCUGCCAAUAAACCCUGUCAGAGAUAUCCACACCACAGAUAUGGAGAGUGCCAUCACGUUGUGGCAAUUCCUGCUGCAGCUGCUUCUCGACCAGAGCCACAAGCACCUGAUCUGCUGGACGUCUAACGAUGGCGAGUUCAAGCUGCUUAAGUCGGAGGAGGUGGCCAAACUGUGGGGCCUGCGCAAGAACAAGACCAACAUGAACUACGACAAACUCAGCCGGGCUCUGCGCUAUUACUAUGACAAGAAUAUUAUCAAAAAGGUGAUUGGACAGAAGUUUGUAUACAAAUUUGUCUCCUUUCCUGAAAUUCUAAAAAUGGAUCCUCAGGCAGUGGAGCUUGGUCGAGAGGGGUGCAGCGUUAUGCUACAAGAUGCUGAUUCUGAUAGUGGAGAGGGGGAGGACUCUCCAAAACUCUCUCUGUCGUCACUGCGAAGCCCCACUGGAAGAAACGAAUAUCUUCAUUCUGGCCUGUACUCAUCUUUUACUGUGAGUUCCCUGCAAGGCCCACCACCUUCGCUGCUACAUGCAGUCAAAAUGGAGAAACAGAGAGGGGCAGAGCGAGGGGAAGAGGCACCCACCGUGAUUCGGUUCGUUACCAAUCGAUCAGAAAAACCGGUGCCCCUCCCAUUGUCUCCUGCCUCCACCUCUUCUGAGGUUUUCUUCAACUCGAAAGCCUCGCCCCAUUCCUCACGAUCGUCCUCCCCUUCUUAUAGCCCGUCCUAUGAGCGGAGGCUGAUCCAGGACGCUCGGACGGACGAAUCGGAGCAGAACGCUCAGCCUCUCAAUUUAUCGUCCAGCCACAGGGAGCGAGCCCUAACCCAGGCCUCAUCCCAUGAGAGGAGGAGCAGCACCAAUGGACUUCCUCCUAAAGCUCGCAAACCUAAAAGUCUGGAAAUCUCAGCCCCAUCCAUACUGCUUUCAGGAAAUGAUCUGGGCUCUAUUGCCCUUAACAGCCCUGCACUGCCCUCAGGGUCUCUCACGCCAGCCUUCUUUACUGCACAGACUCCUUCUGGUUUGCUUCUGGCUCCAAGCCCUCUCCUCUCGUCCAUUCAUUUCUGGAGCAGUCUUAGUCCGGUUGCUCCACUCAGUCCAGCUCGACUACAGGGACACAGCUCCCUCUUCCAGUUUCCGACUCUGCUGAACGGACCUCUCCCCAUGCCUCUCCCCAGCCUGGACUCCUCAACCUCUUCUUCCUCACUCCUCCUCUCCUCUAGUACACCCAAAUCCUGAUUCCAACCCCGUCUACCCAUCUACAACCACAUACACACGUAAUACUUGCUGAAAAGUCAAGGUUGCACUACACCUCCUCGUGGGUAGCUUUACCACAGAAAAAGCCACGACCAUUUCAUUUAAGUGAAAACAGCAAUAUUAAAGAAAAAGAAAAUUUCAACCAGAACUUAGGCUGUAUACCAAACUGCUCAUGUGGUAGAGUUUUAUGAUGCCAAAGGAAGCAAAGAAUGCACCAGUAAGCCUUUGGAAAUACAGCCCUCACUUUUACAGUUUCAUUCAAAGCAGAGUCAAAGCAUUUUCAUUACAUUUUUGUAUAUAUGACUUGAGAUUAAGACACAUGCAGGAGUGCUGAAUCAUACCCAGUACAGCGGAAAUACAAAGCAAAUGAGGUCUCUUUGGCUAUGUUUAAACAGGCAGCUCAAAUUAAUCUCCUUGUAUGUUUUCUUUUUUUUUUUAUUUCAUACUGAUUAAGGUCAGGACGGCAUUGGUGGUUCAGUGGGUAGCACUCAUCUCACAGCUAGAAGGUCCUGGGUUCGAUUCCCAGGUGGAGCGAUCCGGGUCCUUUCUGUGUGAAUGUUUUCCCUGAGCAGUUCUCUCCUACAGUCCAAAGACAUGCAGUCAGGUUAAUCUUUUUUCCCCAAUUUUUAUCCCCCAGUCUAGUCGUGUCCAAUUACCCUGAAUGCGUUUUCUAUACUGAUUCGACCCUUCACCGCUGACUGAGGACACCUCUCAACUGACAUGCGCCCCCUCCGGUACGCAUAGUCAGUACAGAUAGUGCAUCUUUCACCUGCACGAGUCGAGUUUAUAUACUUGACGGGCACUGUGCACGGAGGGCCACACCCCCAUCAGCAUUAUUCCUCAGCCCUGUGCAGGCGCCAUCAGUCAGCCAGCAGGGGCCGCAGUCGCACCAGUUAUGAGGACCUGUGAUCUGACUAACAACCCUGAACAACAGCCAAUCGUUGUUCAUACUGCCGCCCAGCCCAGCCUAGUCGGAAAGGCAGAGCUGAGGUUCGAUACAAUGUAUUCGAAACCCCAACUCUGGUGAGCUAACGUAUUUUACCGCUGCGCCACCUGAACGGCUUCCAGUCAGGUUAAUAUUAAAAUUGCCCUUAGAUGUGUGUGUGUUAAGGUGUGAAUAUGUUUGUGUGUCUACCCUGCAAUGAACAGGCACCCUGUCCAGGGUGUUUUUGUGUGCCUUGCGCCCACUGAAUGCAGGGAUAGGCUUCAGCACACCCCCGCAACCCUGAUUAGGGUAAGCAGCUUAGAAAGUGAGUAAAUGAGUGAUUAAGGUUGUGUGGAGCCACCCUCCAUCACAAGGUUGGACUACACCUUGGACAAGGCACACAUUCUCUCACACCUAGAUACAAUUAAGAGGAGCCAUUUCUUCCAAUUAAAGUAUUGGGAUUAUAAAUGUACAAUCUGGCUAGAUGUUAGUAAAAAUAUUUGUGGGUAAAAAUGUGCCAAGUCUUUGGGAUUUUCAGUCUUUUUGUUUUAUAUGAUUCAGACUCAUUAAAAUGAAUUAAAGGCUAAUUAUAACAUUUUUCUAAAUGCUUACAUUAGUCAGUUGUUCAGAAUUAUUAAAUAGCACAUCAUGGUCUUAAAGGCUGCCAUGUCAGGUUUAAUACCACAUAUAUUAGUGAUCAAACCAAAAUUAAAAAAGUCAGAAUCAACUAAAUUUUGUAAGUCUUGCCAUCUUUAAAUAGACCAAUCAGACUGACACUGAGAGGGGAAAACUCAUCUAACUCAAAACUCAACUCAUCCCAUUUUACCCUGCAGUGUGAACAGGUAAAGCUCUAGAUUUCCCUACAUAUAUUACAUACAUAUAAAGACAAAAGAUAAACUCCAAGUGUACGACAAGCAGGCGUGCCGGGACAUUAUUUAGGAUUCCUGCAUUGUUGUUACUUGGGGUCCUUCUAGGAUCAUCCCAACCUUCACUAUGUUCAUUCCUGGUUACAAUUCAGCACAUCUCCACCAGAGUCCCACCAUUGGUGCUUUGACCAGUGUAGAUUCUUUUAUCAACUACAUCUUUCCACUUCAGUGAAACUAAGAGCUAAUCGAGUCUACUCAUGACAUCCUGUAUCAGAGGGAUCUUUGUAACAUCUGGAUGAAUUUUUUUUAGGUUUUAUAAUCUCUUUCCAAGGCUGUGAAUCAGGUUUUCUGUUUAACGUGUCUGGUAUUGUAUUGUAUAUUAAUGUAUUGUAUGCACUGUGCUUUAAACGACCGGCUGUGCCUUCUCUGUGUAAGAAUGUGUAAAUGUAUUAUUUUACCUGCUUUAUAAAAUCAAAAUGUUUUGUAAUAGACGAAUUCCAACAGCAUAUUGGAAAGAAAGUGUUGUAACGGCUUUGUUAUUUUUCAUUACGGAAUCGAAAAUCAAAUGUAUUCUCAUAUUAAUUUUAUAUUUUUGCUUUCUGAGUCAAUGAAAUGUUCCUGUUUUAAAUAAAAUGUACAUUGAUUGUA